CUAAAAACAAAAAUAAGAUUUGAAAAUAUAAUUUAAAAAUAGGUAUUAGUUUUUACAGUUAAUUUCACUAAAUUAGAUUUCAAGGAAAAUACUAGUGUAUUAGAAAAGUUUAAGCCAAUGCUAUAAUCAUAGUAAAAUGCCUAAACUAGCGAGAGAAGCAGGGUACUUAUUCUCGCUAAUUCUUGUGUCCAUAUCCUAUAUGGUGUAACCACAAUUCUUUUAGUCUCUUUUGCAGCUGUAAAAUUAGCUUAAAAUGAAACUCAUGCAGAAAAUGGAAUUCAAAAAAACUGGGAAAACAAUAUGAUUAUUGACAUAUAAAGUAGUAGAUAUGAUACUUGUCCUUUGGGAUAUGAAUCUAUGUUUUCUUUUGAAUGGCCUGGCACAAUUCCAGCCUGUAACUGCUAAUUAUGGAAUGAAAAUCCAACUCGUCCUCAUGGGCCAGAUGGAGAAUUUACAUAAACUAAUUAAAAUACUCACAAUUUAUCUGAAUAGGAUAUAGAGGAAUAAAAAGAGGAAAAAGAGAGUAAGUCCAAUAAUCAAGGAAAUUUUAUUUAGAAUCACCUUAAAAAAUAGCAAUUUAACUAAGAGGAUAAUUAUAAAUAAGAAAAAUAAUAGGAAAAUAAAGAUGAGAAAAUUGGAGAUGCUAAGAAAUAAGACUUAAAAAAGUAAAUUAAUCACCCAAAACGUAAUAAACUAGACUAGGUCAAUGUGGCAUAUAAUUAGCCUAAUCCUUAUCAACCUUCUAAGGAAGAUCUUUUAGCCAAACUUAAAAAAUACGGCUAAGAAAAUAAAAUUUACACAGAAGGAAUUUGCAACUGGAAUUAAACUUAAGCAGGAUGUGUUGAUAUAUAACCUGUAAAAUAGCAAUCCUUCACCAAAUGGAAAUAGCGUUUGUAAUGGUGUGUAGCUCGUGCAUAGGCAGUUAAUAUGAGCAUAAUGUAAAAGUAUUAUGAUUACGAAAAUGGUAUUUGCAAAGAUGAAAAUCUGAGAGUAUGUGGUGAUCCAGAAGAUAAGAAUUAUUAGUACUGCUUUCCAAAAUAAUAUACAUAAUGCCCAAUAAAUGGAAUAUUAAUAACUACAACUCCUCCUAGAGGAUAAGAAUAAUUAUACUAUUAGUCUCGUCCUAUGCAAUUUAGUAGAAAUUAGAUGUUAUACGUAAGUAGAAAUUUACCGAAACAAAUGCCAUUAUCUGACUUUUUAGUAGCUGAGGAUAGCGUUUGUAUAGAAGAUCCAAAAAAUAAUAUAUCUAAAGAUCACUAAGAUUAUUAUCUUCUAAAAAGCUAAAGAAAAAGAUGCAGUAGCAACAUUACAGAUGAUCGCUAUGUCAUAAUAGACUCUUAAGGUGAGCAAAGUUUUUAUUAUAACAAUUUUGCUUUACAAUACAGAGACUAAUUACCUGAUUUCACCUUAAAUAAUACAUACAUCUAUAAUUUAUAUAAGCAUCAAUACAUUUAUUGGAAGCAUGAAUGUGAUGAAUAUAUGAGCUAUUUCUUAUCUGAUAAAGAUUUCGAUCAAUUCUACACUAGACAAAGAACUCUGAAAAUUAUAACUUAUGUUAUAUCAAUAGUAACUAUAAUGAUUUCAACUUUUGAGUUGCUCUUAAUUUGCAGAGUUCCUAUGGUGUUAAGAUUUGAAAAAGUCAUUCUUUAAUAUAAUCCCGUUAUUGUUUUUGUGCUCUAGUUAAUAGUGCUUCCUUUUAGUGCAGCAGCACUUCAUUAAGCAAAUGUACUUUACAACAUAGAAAAAUAAUUAUCGUUAAAGCAAUGCACAGAUGAAUUUACUUUAAAGCUGAUAGGUACUGGAAGUAUUUAAAUUCACUAAGAAAUAAAAAACUUCAAUAAAGGAUAGAUUAUCUUUAUUUGUCUAAUUUUGCUUGCAAAUGCUAUCAAUUUUCUUUUAACACUUUGCUGCAGCUAAAGCUCUGCUUAACCAAAAAAGAAAAGAAGAGCUAGUACUUAUUGA